CUUCUUUAUUAAUUUUUUUUUUAUAUUAUUAAAAAAACAUGACUGUAGUAGCUGCUCCCGCUGAAAAAAUUUACCCAGUUCCUCCCAGAUUAUUGGGUAAAGGUGUCCCUACUCCUUUUGUCAACAGUAUGGCUCAAUACAAGAAAAUGUGGGAAGAAAGUGUUAAUGAUCCCAACAAGUUUUUUGGAGACAUGGCUCGUGAAUUAUUACAAUGGUCAAAGCCUUUCCAAACCGUCCAAAACGGUAGUUUUGCUGAAGGCGACGUUGCUUGGUUUUUAGAGGGUGAGCUUAACGUUGCAGUCAAUUGUGUAGAUCGUCAUGCUUUAGCUACGCCAGACAAGAUUGCCAUUAUUCAUGAAGGUGAUGAGCCUGAAAAUGUCCGUAAUAUUACCUAUCGCGAGUUAUUACAAGAAGUAUCACGUCUUGCCAAUGUUUUGAAAUCUAUGGAUGUACGUAAAGGUGAUAAUAUCGCCAUUUACAUGCCAAUGGUGCCUGAGGCUGUGUAUGCCAUGUUGGCAUGCGCUCGUGUGGGCGCAGUUCACUCUGUCGUAUUUGCUGGUUUCUCCUCAGAUUCUCUUCGUGACCGUAUUAACGAUGCCGGCGCUCGUGUUGUCUUGACUGCUGAUGAAGGUAGACGUGGUGGUAAGAAUAUCGCUACCAAGCGUAUUGUCGAUGAAGCUUUAAAGGGCACACCCACUGUUGAACAUGUCUUGGUCUUACGUCGUACAGGCUCUGAUGUUCCUUUCACUGCCGGUCGUGAUCUUUGGUGGCAUGACGAGAUGGCUAAGGCUCGCCCUUAUUGCCCUCCUACCAACGUCAAUGCGGAAGAUCCUCUCUUUUUGCUUUAUACCUCUGGUUCUACAGGUACUCCUAAGGGUGUCGUGCAUACUACCGGUGGUUAUCUUUUAGGUGCUGCUGCAACCGUUAAAUAUGUCUUUGAUUAUCAUGAGGGUGAUAUUCAUGCUUGUAUGGCUGAUGUUGGAUGGAUCACAGGUCACACCUACAUUGUUUAUGGUCCUCUUGCACUUGGUGCAACCACCGUUCUUUUCGAAUCAACGCCCACCUAUCCUGACCCUAGCCGUUUCUGGGACUUAGUUGCCAAACACAAGGUCACACAAUUCUACACAGCACCUACUGCUAUUCGUGCACUUCGUCGUUUGGGUGACAAAUGGGUCGACAAGUGCGAUCUUUCCAGUCUUCGUGUGAUUGGUUCUGUCGGUGAACCUAUUAACCCUGAAGCAUGGGAAUGGUACAAUGCAAAGGUUGGUAAAGGUCAAUGUGCUGUAGUCGAUACCUAUUGGCAAACAGAGACUGGUUCUAUCAUUGUUACUCCUUUACCUGGUGCUACUGCUACUAAGCCUGGAUCUGCCACUUUCCCCUUCUUUGGUAUUAAACCCGUCAUUCUUGAUCCCACAACUGGUGUCGAAUUGCUAGGAAAUGAUGUUACAGGUGUCUUGGCUAUCAGUCAGCCAUGGCCUUCUAUGGCUCGUUCAGUUUAUAAUAAUCAUCACCGUUAUCUCGAUACCUACUUAAACCCCUACAAGAAUCACUACUUCACUGGUGACGGUGCUACCAGAGAUAAGGAUGGUUACAUCUUUAUUCGUGGACGAGUCGAUGAUGUGAUCAAUGUAUCCGGUCAUCGUCUCUCCACUGCCGAAAUUGAAUCUGCCUUGAUUCUUCAUCACUCCGUUGCAGAAGCAGCAGUUGUUGGAGGCCAAGAUGAUUUAACAGGUCAAUGUAUCCAUGCUUUUGCCUGCUUAAAGCCCAACUUGGAAGAUUCUGAGGGUCUUGAUAAAGAAUUGUCCAUGCAAGUUCGUAAAGUGAUUGGACCUUUUGCUACACCCAAGCGUAUCUAUGUUGUCAAUGAUCUUCCCAAGACACGAUCUGGCAAGAUUAUGCGUCGUAUUCUCCGAAAGAUUGUUAAUGGUGAACAAGAUUCUUUAGGUGAUAUUUCCACUUUGGCUGAUCCUUCCGUUGUGGCUCAUUUAAUUGAACGCGUUCACGGAAAGAAGAAGUAAGAAAAAAAAUAUUUAUGCUUUAUGAUCUAUUUUAGCGUUUAAUCUUCCCAUCUUAUGCCUAUAAACACACACACACACACACAAACCCACAUUUUUUAACCCUGUUAAAACAAAUACCCACACUAAUAAAAUGAUAAUUUUAUAAGCCCAAU